AUGGCAGUCGAAACAUCCAUAAACGAUGGGCAACCAAAGCCGAAAGACCCUGAAAUUGCGGAGAAGCGAACGUCCAUCGCGGGUAGCGUCGGCGAAGACCUCAAGGCUGGGCAGGUAGAGCUCCUCGAUGAGGCCGAGAUCUUCCUGCAGCAGAAUGGCAUUCCCCACUCGCGGCUUCGGGAACUCCUUGACGACGAGGAGGCUCAAAAGAAGCUUGUUCGGCACAUCGACUUGACGCUUCUUCCCCUGCUUAUGGGAACUUAUCUCCUGCAGUACAUCGACAAGCAAGCAUUGAGCUAUGGCGCAGUUUUUGACCUUUUCGAGACCACAAACACAUCCUCCAGCCAGUACUCGUGGCUCGCCAGCAUAUUCUACAUUGCAUACCUCGUCUCGGAGUGGCCGGCGAGUUAUCUUGCGCAACGCUUCCCCACUGGCACAGUUGUCAGCAUCAUGGUCCUCUGUUGGGGAACCGUCUUGACGUGCACUGCGGCAUCCCACAGCUUUGCUGGUCUGGCGGUUUGUCGGUUCCUCCUUGGCUGCUUCGAAAGUGUCAUAACCCCGGCGUUCAUGAUGGUUACGAGCAUGUGGUAUACUAGGAAAGAAGCCCCAGUACGCGCGGGAGCCUUUUACUGCUUUAACGGCGUAGGCUCAGCCGUAGGUGGCAUUCUCUUCUACGGAGUCGGCCAGGCCGACGGGUGGGACGUAUGGAGAAUCAUCUUUAUAAUGUGCGGUGGCUUGACUAUUGUUUGGGGCAUCAUCCUCUUCUUUUACCUUCCCAACAAUAUUCUUACGGCCAAGCGGUAUACCGUUGAGCAGAAGGCCCUCCUGAUCGCCCGCAGCCAAAGCAACAAGACUGGUGUCUUCAGCAGCAAGAUCAAGCCGGCCCAGAUCAAGGAAGCUUUCAAGGAUCUCCAAGUCUGGCUCUUGUUCUUUUACACCCUACUCAACGAAAUCGUCAACGGAGGUAUCGCCAACUUCGGCAAGUUGAUUGUCAAGGGUUUCACGAAGGAUGCUCUUCUGACCACUGCUUACGGUAUUCCAUACGGUGCCUGGGUUGCGUUCUUCAUUUUCACUGGACCUUUCUGCGCUUCGAGAUUCAAGAAUUGCCGGACUAUUGUCAUGAUGACAUGGGUGCUUCCAACUAUGGUUGCUGUCUCUCUAUUCUUGAAGUUGGACAGAGGCAACAAGAACGGUCUGCUGAUGGCCUACUAUAUCAGUCCAUCUUUCGUCGGCGCCUUGGUUGUUGCCCUUCAGAUGCCCUCUGCCAACGUGGCAGGCUACACUAAGCGUGUGACCUCGACCGCUUUCGUCUUCCUCGCCUACUGUGUGGGCAACAUCAUUGGACCCCAGGCUUUCCUCGCGUCCGAGGCGCCCAUCUACGGAACAGGAUGCAAGGUUAUCAUGGGAUGCACAGCUGGCCAAGUUGUGAUCGCGAUAGCCAUUCGCUUGUUGCUUAUUCGACGUAACAAACAGAGAGAUGCUGAAGCCGCGGCGAACGGGAACAAUGUCGCAGACGAGGACGACGAGGUGCUUAUGGACUUGACGGACUUCGAGAACAGAAAGUUCAGGUACUCAUACUAG